CCGGCGUGCACAGCUCAUCCAUCCCACCAUCGGGCUGCUUACAUAACACGCAUUGCACUCUCGUCGUCCAGUGGGGGUACCCAGGUACGUACUAUAACGCCGAUUCAAACAUCUCGAUCUCGAUAAGACAGCGUUUCGGGACUUGAGGUGGAGGUUGCAUCGCAGUGUCCUCGUGAACAGACCGUAACACGAAACCGGCAGUCACUUCCGAGCUUCACGCAUUGCAGACGAUCCUCGGCAGUUACCGAUAUGCUUUCCCAACCGUUCCGGGCGACUCCUAAAUCCCCAACGUGUCAACCGUAGUACAUUCUAUUCAGCUGAAUAUGUCGCCGCGGAGGCUCGAGGCGUUCAUAGUCUGGCACGCCGGACCGGGGUAACUAGUCGAUGCUCCCCAUGCGUCCAAGCCAAUGGCCCCCUCCUACUAGGGGGCGUCGACCCUACCGCGUGUUGUUGGAUUCACCGCAUCUACGCCUCAGCCGUGGCUUGGCCAGUAUUAGUGCUUUUUCUCAUCCGCCCACCGGUCUGACUAUUUCUGGUAUAGGAACACCAAAAAAGAAAGCUCUGAUGGCGGUGAGAAGGACCAAUUGUUAUCAUCUGGAGUUGUUUGACCGGCGAUCGCUUGUGCUCACCACCACGCCGGUCUGUGGCUGAACCUAAGGUGGGGGUCUGCAUGCCUUGACAGCAAAGAUACGCUGCGUCAUCCCAAUACUCCUUUGUCAUAGCGGUGGUGUUUGGGUGGAUGGGGGCCAGAAAGGAGCCAUGUGACCGGCAGAGAAGGCGGUCAUGGGCGAAACAGGCCUCGUCUUGCCGGCGACAGGGAUGUUCCCGUGAUUACUUCCAUGUAAUUUGUCACCGGCACAAAAAUACCAUUCACGUCACUUGUUUCGGAUGACGAUAUUGUAGACAUUUGGUCAU